AUGGGUACGACAAGUUUUGCAAGUUCUCUUAUUGAAAACGUUAUUUUGCCUCCUAAUUUGGUUGAAAUAUCUGGUUGGUCAUUUACAAUUUGUACUAAUCUUUGUAAUAUCACAAUUCCUAAAUUCGUUUCUAAAAUAUCUGAAGCUGCAUUCGUUGAUUGUCUGAAGUUGUCUCUUUUCAUAAGUGAAAGUCCAAAUUUCGUUGUUUUCAAUGGAGUUUUGUAUGAUCAAUACUUCACGACAUUGUAUGGUGCUCCAUGUAAUUAUAACUUCACAGACCUUGUUCCUACCGUUAAAUAUAUUAGUGAUGCUCGUGGUUUCAGCAGUUGUAGUUUCGAAGAAUUUAUCCUGAAAAACAAGAUUGAAAAAGCUGGAAGUUUUUUGUUCCGAAGUUGUUAUAAUCUUAAAAGAGUUGAUUUGAGCUGUGGAAUAUUUAAAAGAAUAGAGUAUACAGCAUUUUCAUGGUGUUAUAAUCUUGUUGAAUUGAAACUUCCAAAUACUGUCGAAACCUUUAGUUAUGUCUUGUUCUCAGGUACAAGGAAAUUGACAUCUCUCACAUUGCCCACUAAUUUGAAAACAAUUCAUGCGAGAGCAUUCGAAAAUUCAUUUAUCACAGAUAUCAAAUAUUGUGGAUUUUAUGAUGUUCCUUAUGUUCUCCCAGCAGGAAUGAAUGUUCAUGUUACACAUUUAUAUUCAGGUGGUCAAACAUUUGCAGGAAUCUCUAUUUCAGACAACAACUUUAUUUGUGAAAAUGAUUUCUGUCCAAACUCAUUUCUAUUGUUACCUAUCAUCAAAACUAAUCAAUGCAAUUAUCAAUUUUAUACAUUUCCAUUUUCACUUUAUUUCAUAUCCCUGAUUCAAAUUACUAUUACCUAA